AUGGCUGAUAGAUUCGUGAUGGCACAUGUCGGGGCUAAGAAAAUCGAAACAAGAAUAAACGACAUCUUCGCCAUCAAGAAAUCCUUGGGAGACGGACUAAGGGACUUCCUCGCCCGAUUCAAUAGGGUAAGGAUGACCUUGACAAAUGUAUCUGAAGGGAUGGCAGUCGCAGCCUUUCAGAACGGGUUGAGCAGAGAGGGUUCAAGAGCGACCAAAGAGUUGCUGAGUUGGUUGAUGAAGUACCCUCCGACCACUUGGGACGAAAUCCAUAAUGCUUAUUAUGCCAAAGUCCGGGCAGAUGAUGACGACUUCAAUGGGCCAACCCGAUGGGCUCAUCUCGAAAUAGUGUACGCCCUGGAAAAAGUCGAAAUAAAGGUGAAGUGGCCACCAAAGAUAAGGUCUGACCCAAGUACCAGAAAAUCUGACGCCUUCUGUGAAUUCCCCUAUGAACGCGGGAACAAAACAGAAGAUUGCAUCGCCCUAAGGCAAGAGGUUAUGAACAUGUUGCAGAAAGGACACCUCAAAGAGUUGUUGAGCGAUAAGGGAAAGACCACCUUCGUCAGGGGUCGAGAACGUCAAGGCCCGCCAAAGCUGCCCUCAUCGGUUUGCACCAUCAAUAUGAUUAUUGGUGACAACGAUGAUGCCUCCAUCAAUGGUAUCAAGCUCACAGUCACUCACAAGCUCAAAAUAUCGAUCACCCAUGAACAGUAUGAUGGACUCGAAGAAAGCAUCAUCUUCGACGAGUUAGAUGCUGACGGUUUGACUUUCCCUCACAACGAUGCUCUUAGUAUUACUUUACGAAUUUCAGAUACUGAUGUUAAGCAUAUCAUGGUAGAUGAUGGGAGUGGAGCGUGCAUUAUCCAUCCCUGA